AUGGUUUUAGUCGGAUUACUUCGAUCCAACGUUACUUACUUGAUGCAACCACAGAAAAAGCUUGAGCCUUAUAAGAAGGUAAGAGAAGCUCAAUUCCUUCUACAAGCACGAGCAUUUCGAGAAAAUAAUCAUGUUUUAACCAACGACGAAUUUGAACAGUUUAAAGCGUACUUUAUUGAAAAACUAUCCACUGACGAGUUUUAUGCCGAAAGUUCCAAGAAGGAUGAGCAAUUCAAUCCGUUUGACCCUAGCUCUAAUGACGCUUUAAUGCAGAUGGCCAAAGGAAAUCUCCUCAACUAUAUUCCGCAAACUUUGAUUAUGGGAUGGGUCAAUUACUUCUUUGCUGGGUUUGUCAUCAUGAAAUUGCCAUUUCCAUUAACUGAUGGCUUUAAGAGUAUGCUACAGAAUGGAAUCAUGACGCCAAAUUUAAAUGUUCGGUAUGUGUCUUCGAUUUCAUGGUACUUUGUUAAUUUAUUUGGAUUGAGACCGAUAUACUCGAUUCUUAUGGGUUCUUCUGAAGCGGAAGAGUUGAUGAAGCAAGCAUCACAACAGCAAGGUCCAAUGCCAAAUAUUGGUGGGCCAGGUGGUCCUAAAGCUGAUAAAGUUUUUGCUGCAGAAGCGGAAAAUAUUCAAAUUUUGGACCAUGAGUCGGUUUAUGAUGGAAUUGUUGAGAGGUUUCUUGAAGAGUACGGUGCAUAG